CGCCCAACCCAGUCUUCAUAACGUUCAAGGCCGAACCAUACCAAUAACAUUCAUGUUAGAUACCGGAAAGGCAGUAUCACUGCACAUCUGCUUUAUAUAGCGUGUUCUUCAUACUCUACUGCAGCCAUAUUAUACAGGUGAUUCUUCUAGGACAUCAUGUUUUGUUCGACUAUCAGCCGUCUCUUCCUUUGCCCUUUGGCAACAGUGUUGAUACUCUAUGCUGCUAUAUCGCAUGGAUCAGGAAUAGAAUCUAUCACUGUUCAGAAUAGUCCGUCCUACAUCAACAUUUCUUGGGCGACAGCAGCAGGGUCAUCAUGGGACUACUACACCGUGGAUGUUAUCAAAUCAUCCCAAAGAAGCGUGGGUGGAUAUCCAACCAACACCAUCGACACGACACAUCUGAUAACCGGACUCAGACCUGAAGAACAAUACACAAUAGUUGUCAUACCAUGGACUACUGAGGGCGCUGGACGUUCAUUGAAUAAAACCGUUACUACAGAGGCCAUUGCUGAAGGAGACAUAUUUGUGUCAGAUGUUACGUCAUCAUCGGCUUUUAUCCAAUGGAAACCUGUCGCUGGAGUCUUCUUCUAUGACAUCGAGGCUGAACCAAGUGAUGCCAUUGAGAAUACAGGGGGUAUCUUUGAAGCUGAGGUCGGACUGACCAUUCUACUUCCAGGAACAGUGUUUAAUGCGACUAUAAGAGGUGGUAGUCCAGUCAUGGACGUGGCAUCAACGCAAAUAAGAAGCGCACCCGAGAGUCCAGUUAACGUUUCUCUUAAACAAACUGGUACGACUGAAGCGACCCUCUCCUGGACCCCUCCGACCAGCCCACAUGACGCAUACGAGUUCUACGUCAUUAAUAAUUCAACCAAUGAGAGAUUACCCACUACAACUAAACAGCGUGGUGACGUCAGUGAUAACGAGGUGACGUUGACUGGUCUCUCUCCUGCUACCAACUAUUCAUUUGGAGUUGGAUCUGUAAUGAACGCCAUGGAUUCCUUCGGAUUGCAGAGGAGUGGUCAAGAUGAUAACCCGACAGUGUACGGUCGAACUGGUGACGAUACAGGGAAUGCCGUCUCAUCUACUCUUCAUGACACUCUGCUUCUCAUCCCUGCACUCCUGGCUGUCUUUCUGGUGUGAAGUCACUGUGACUGUCAUCUGUUUACCCCACGUUUUUUCUGCAAAUAUUAAUGGGGAUGGUUUAGAAAUGAUCUUAUGUCACAUCCGAAAUUAUCUAUUUGUUUGACAAUUUCGAUGUUUAAGUUCAGACACCUUUCUCACACGAGUACUUGUAGACUGUAAUAAGCUACCAGGGGGCAUGCAUAUUAUGAUAGGCCUACCCAUUGGCUAUCGCCAAAACGUCAUUUUUGGCGAUCGAAGAACUGGCUGCAAACUUUAGUCAGCUACACACAACUUUAGACUUAGACAGCGAAACUAUCACACAGGUCGAUAAUUUUGUAUGUGCCAUAGUACGUUUUUGUUAUUCAAAAUUAAAUCUAAUUGUAAGGCUAAACAAACAGCUCGACCAAGAUGCCCUGUAUCAACAUUGAUCAACAAUCACAGAAAACUAGUUUCAAUAUAACUUUAUUAACAAUCACGAUUAUUAAUAAAGGAAAUAGGAGUAUAGGAAAUUGUGUAUUAAUUACAAAUAAGUAUAUAAAAGUAGAUUAGUGGAAAUACAAGGUCAUGUUUUAUUAUUAACAAUACAGGGCUAAUACUUCAUAUUAUUCAUGAUGGAAUACGUGAAAAUAUAUUAACGAACACGUUUAGCAUGACGUCUGUUUCGGGUCACAAGGGCAUUAGUUCCAUGUCGCGCCUUUGCCGCUCCAAAUAGAAGAUGUAUACAUACAAUUAACGCGAAAUUGAAAAAAUUAUAGUCAAACAAAAUGAAAAACAAACACAAAUACAAGGUUUGAAAGAAGAAAGGGAGAAAAGGUAAGAAAGGGAUACAAAGAAAGAAAAGAAGAAUAUUAAAGAAGGAAAAUAAGGUAAAUCAGACAAUGAAUAUUUACCAUAUUAUAACCAUGCGAACACUAUUAUCAAAAGAAAUAUGUCCGAUAUGACAUGAGCAUGUUUUCAAUCUAUUUCCUCCAUGGGAAGAGUCAUAAUUUUAUAUAUGACCAUCGACUAAUCCAUUUUAUCUUUGUAUCACUAAACAAUUAUUUCAUGUAUACAAGAAUCUUAGUAAAACACGAUAGCAAAGACUUUCGAGAAAACAAAAUUAAGUGAUUUCAAAAGCCUUGCCCAUCACCUAUCACAAUGCACAAACAUUACAACUACGAAUUACAUAUUCCCACCAUGUAAUUCAUUGGAAAAAAAGAAAACGUAUCGAAAUUACCUUUGAGAUGAUUUCUCCAAAGUCUUUGACAACUUGUUUUUUGUCAAAAUAUUAUAGUAUUGCGUUUGAAAGGCUAUGUGGAAUCGCUACUUGCCAUUUCCAAUUUAUUGGGGAAUUUAAGCAAACGUUAUGUAACAUUUUGUGUCCUCUUGAAGUCUAAUCAUCAGUGAUCAUGCGACUGUUCUUGUUAGGAAGUAUCGUGGUCUUGUGGAAAAGUUACCGGCUAGGAUAAUUAAGGUCUAAAAUCCGAAUCCUAGCCACGGCGCUAUAUUUGCAGACAUAAAUUAUGUAGGUUACUUAAAGGCCUAUAUGGCCGAAUUGCUAAUUGGGGAGAUUUCAAAUAUGAUUACCCAUUUGUACUAUUCAUUAUGUUUUAAUUCUUGUUAUUUCUCAUUCAGUACAUUCUCCUAAAGUUCAUGGUUCCACUACAGUCAACCAUAGUUUUUAUUCAUAUAUAGUGUAACUUGUCAUAAAUGAUAGCAUACCGGAAGUAUAUUGGUUUGAAAGGUCAUAUGGGUAUGAGUUAAGCAGGACGGUGUAUAAGCAUUGUAUGCUAAUAUUUUCGUGCAUUUCAAUUUGUAUCAAUAAUAUACUUCCCAUGCAAGGCAUGUUGGGCAUGCG